AUGAGAUGUGAUGCACAGCAGUGGCUAAGAAUGCAGGUAAAAAGAGUUCGGGCAGUACAAGGGUCUCGAUUUUGGUUUUUUUAUAUUGCUGACUUCCUAAUUUAUAACCAUUUGGUCACCUACCCGCCAUUCUCACACCAGUAUUAUAGAACCACUCAGAAGGAUUUCGACGAUCCAAGUGAAAACAUCCAUUCCAUCAACUACCUUCCUGAGAUUCCGCUUCGUUGCUUAACUCUUUUGAGUAAAAUGCAAUCUCGAAGUCGUCCUCAAAGCAACCUCAAAAAUGAAUCGCGAAAUAGGUUUCAAAUAGAACUGGAAUUUGUCCAAUGUCUUGCUAAUCCUAGCUAUCUAAAUUUUCUUGCACAGCAAGGUUGGUUUGAAAAGCCGAAUUUCAUAAAGUACUUGAAGUAUUUACUAUAUUGGAAGGACCCUGCAUAUUCAAGGUAUCUUAUCUAUCCGUACUGUCUUCACUUGCUUGAUCUUUUGCAACAUGCGGAAUUUCGCUCUGCUCUUGCGCGAGGUCAGAUAUGUCGAAUGAUCGAUGAUCAAAUUCUUCUUCAUUGGCAGCACUAUAUGCGUAAGCGUGCAGCUCUUAUAGCUAAACACGUUGAAGAGACGAUACAACCCACCUAACUUUACCUUCAAGUUAUGGAAUGUAUUAAAUUCAUAAAUUGAUUUUAAUUUUCAGACUUGUGUUUUUAUUUCUGGAGAUGUCUUUUUGUCAUCAUAUCAAGCGUUUACUAAAUACCAAGCCCUUUGUUUAGUCUCAUUAUUCUUGAAUAUUUUCACAAAAUAAGAUUGUG